UUGUACCACCGGAAGGCUACUAACAGAAAAAAUAUAUAUGGACGACUCGUGGUCUGUCAUUAGCGCUCUAACAUUCCAGUUCUGUUUGGAAACGGAGGACCACCGUGUUAGUGUGGAGUACCACUAAUGUGUUUUUCAGUCCUAUCUUUACUACUAAUCGGCCCGAUUCCUUUACUAGUCUGAGUAACCAUCUCGUAUGACAUUUGGUCACCCCUAAUAGUGGUACGAGGAAAAGUAACAGCUGUACAUUCAGGAAAUCUGCACCUGUGCAAGCAGCCAUUUUCCAGCAGGAUAAUGAAUGCUCGGCAGCAUACAGCUAAAAUUUUUUAGGAACGUGCCACAUUUAUUUUGUUUAUCUGGUCUCCGAAUUAAUUGCCUAUCCAAUAUUUGUUGGAUAAGAUGUUCGCUAGCUUCGGCUAUCUAUCGUUAUGAGAAAUCUAGAACCGCAUUGCAAUUUGCAACAUUUUUCGGAUAAUAUAAUACAGUAUGACAUACAGUGCCUGUAUGGCUGUGUGCCUAUAUGUCCGACCGUAUCGCCGCCUAUUUCCAGGAAAAACGAAGUACUACAGAGAACAUAAUAGUAAAGGUUGUUAAUUGUACAUUUUCCUAUCCUAAAUUGACUCUUUAUAAUGAUACUAUCACUUAUUACUUCUAAUCACUAAUUACUUAUUACCAUGAUCAUUACCUUCACAAUAACAAAGUUCCAUUCUAUUCAAACGUUUCUUUGAUGUAUAACUUUUUUGUUCACGAGUGUAUUAACAAUUUCUAUGAAAUGUCCCAAAACACCAAUGACUCUGUCCACUUCUUGGACAGUCAUUCGCUCAUGAGUCAUUUUAACCAAUUAACCAAUAAGCUCUUGCGUACUUAAACUAAUACGAAUGGUAAUUGUUUAAACUUGUUUUUCUAUUAUAUAUACAAUAUACACAGAGAACUCUGAAAGAGAUUAACUAAAUUAUACACUAUAUCAAGAAUCAACGAUAACAUGACUUUUUUGAAAAGAAUAUUUACAGAGAGAAUAUGCAUGAAAACAUGCUCAACACCAUAGAAGUUUCCAACUUUGCAUUAUGGAUAAAGGACACAACUAUUGGUUUCGUAGAAGAUCUAUUCCAGUAUUUAUGUGUAUUCUUCAUGGAGAGCGUAGGUUGUCCAUGUCAAUUAAUCUUUUUGUUUUUCUUCAUCUUGAUUGUUUACUAUUCAUCAUUUACUUACAAUAAAACUGUGGAUUUGACCGAAUGUGGAAAUAUAAAAGUAGGAAAACGAUACCAAAAGCGGUCUCAACUGUCGAAAGAAGCUAAAGGUUCAAGAGACUUGCCUCCUGUAUAUCCUAACGGUUGGAUACCAUUAAUAGAGUCCAGGGAUAUCUUAAUUGGUCAGUGUAAGCCUGUAAAUGCUCUGGGUCAAGAUUUUGUUAUUUUUCGAGGUAAAACUGGCAAAAGUUUCAUUUUAGAUGCUUAUUGCCCUCAUUUGGGUGCUCAUUUAGGAGUUGAAGGUAAAGUUUACGACGAUUGCAUCGAAUGCCCUUUUCAUGGAUGGAGAUUUUCUGGUCAAGAUGGCUUAUGUGUCAAAAUUUCAUAUUGUGAUAAAGUCCCAGACGUGGCUAGAGUAAAAUCUUGGGAAACAAUUGAACAAAACGGUUUCAUUUACGUCUGGUAUCAUGCAGAGGGCGAAAAUCCAACAUGGAAACCUCCUGUUAUUCCAGAAAUCGAACAGGGAUCGUGGACAUACAAAGGCCGUUCGGAGCAUAUCGUCAGCUGUCAUAUACAAGAGAUUCCAGAAAAUGGGUCUGAUAUAAAACACUUUGACUGCAUACAUAGUGCCAGCAUUUUGUCAGGAAAGAAUAAUCAAUGGACUUUUUGGAGUUACGAUUGGCGGGCUACUUGGUUUUCCAAUUCUUUUCCUCAUCACCAUAUGACUUCAAUUAAUAUCUCUGGGGAUGUGAAGUUGUUUGGUCUAUCGUUACCUUUUGUACAAAUGAAAAUGGAAGUUAAACAGAUAGGACCUGCGAUAGCACAUAUAUACAUGAAGAGUGUAUUUGGAGCAGGAGUGUUUGUCCAUAACAUCAUCCCUGAACUUCCGUUCAGGCAUAAGAUCAUUCAUCAUUACUAUUCCCCUCGAUUUUCACAAGUAUCUGCUCACAUUCGUUUUCUGUUGCAAGAAAAUAUGUUUAGACGAGAUGCUGUCAUAUGGAAUAAUAAACGAUUUUUGAAAAAUCCCGUGUACACAAAAGAAGAUAAAACAAUUGCACAAUUCAGAAAAUGGUAUUCUCAAUUCUAUAGUGAAAAUAGUCUGAAAUUUCCCAGUAAUCUGAAUUGGUAGCAGAUUAGUAACUUUAAAUUUUUAUAUGUUUAGGAUAUAAUAUGUGACCUUUUGUAACUUUGUAACACAUAUAUUUUUUCUUAUAUACAACACCAUACAACCACUGGGGUUUCUGUGACUCCAUGAAUUAUCUAGUGAAAUAUUUAAAAUUAAAUAACUUAUAUAAUUGGUGCAAAUAUAUAUAUAUCUCUAAUGGUAGUGGAAGAACUGUUUGUAAUGCAUGGCUCCAAACACGUUCAGGAAGACUUUCUAUCAAAGUAUUCUCUUCAAGACUUGAAGCACUAUCUUCGGAAUGCUUCUUGUCCCAUCUUUUCAAGUAACAUUCGUUUUGUUCGCACUGUACACUCUUCAAAAAUUUAUAAAUAUUGCUUGGAUUCGUGAUUACUGGGUCAUUUCAUGUAAACGUGCUUUAAUAACUCAGAUAUUUUCUAAACGUAAUUUCAUAUCAUUUUGCGCACACUCCACAUACAGAUGCUCUGCGUUCUUUGCAUAGAUUGGUUACAAUUUCGGAAUAACAUUUUGUUUUUUCUAUUUUUGAUCUGUAACAAAA